AGCCCCGCUGUACUUCAGAAGCGCUCGCUGCCGCCGUGCACUCGACCACACAGUAACUUCACUGUCUCUGCUGCUCCACCUCUGCUUUCCCAAACUUUAUUUAGUUUCGAUGCCACGCUGGAUUAAGCCCACUAACUUUCGGCUGGAGAAGAAAGUGGUUUUCCCGACAGCGCAGGUACAAUGACCGCAGUCUGCAGUAGAGCAACCGACUAGAGGGGGUGAAAUCAGUUCGCUACAGGGCUGCAGUGUUUCCCCUGUGACCUGUGUGUUUGGUCACACAGCGAAGAGGACGCAGGCACGUUGCAACCAUGGAUAUCGGCAAUGAUGUAGAUCUGUCCAAUAAUAACAUCACUCCUUUGUGGAAACGUCGCACAGACAAUUGUAAAAAACCCCAGGAGUCGAGUAAACCCAAACUGCGACCCCUCAGUUACCACACAAAUGGGGUGAUGACGACAGACUUCCCUGUGGAGGACAACAAGUGUUCCUUCACCUUGAGCCAACCUGCUGAGAGACUGGUGGUCACACCCCCGUGUUCAGGCAGGAACACUGUGGUGUUGAAGCACAUUCUGCACAAACCCUCCAAGUCCAAAUCCCGAGUUGUUCGAAGCAUCAGCAUCGGACACUUCUCCAACGGACGCUUCUCACUGUCCAAAUUUAGGUCUGAGGAUAGCAGAUCUGCUUCACUGGACAACAGAGUGCGUAAUGGAGAUUGUGACAGGGGGAAAACCAGUAAUGGAGAGACAGUAUGGGUUGAAAAGCGUCUCCUGGACUCCCAGAAACGCAUGUCCAGUCCGUUCGGUCUGAGCUCACAGAAAGACCAGAUAGCAUUUGGGACGAGUUCAGCCUCACCUGAAGCUGCUGCUCUGAUGAACCGUUCCUCUCCUGUCGCGUCUCAGCGCACCCCUAACAACAACAACAACUACAACCACCAUGAACUGUUUUCCCUUUCCUCUGCAUCCAGCCCCUCUCCCCCAGCCUGCCGUACCCCUACCCCCUCCCAAGGCUCCACCUCCAGCAUCCCCUCCCUCUCUUCCCUCAACUCCUCAGACCCCCCGACCCCACGCUCCCCAUCACCGGCCGACAGAGCACAGGCUCUCCUCGGACAGUCCUCAUCCUCGCCUGCAUCCUCGCAGGACACCAGACUUGCCUCUUCCUCCUCUUCCAUCUCUUCCCCCUCCCCCUCUCCCUCUCCCUCUCUUUCUCCGUCUGUAACUCCCUCCAUCGUCCUCAGCACCCACAGUCCAGCUGCCCUGAAGAUGGGCACCCAGCAGCUCAUUCCCAAGGGUUUAGCAUCUGAUGUUCGGCAGAACAAGGCGCCUCCCUGUGGGCAGCAAGGCCAAGGUUUGGCAGGGCGGCUGGGGUUGGAUCAUUCCAAGAGAGCUUUGAAAGCCCUCAGCAUGGUGGAGACAGGAGCCUACUUUUCCACAGGAGGGGACUGCACUGAGGGGACAGAGGGAGAAAGUGAGAGCCCGGGGACACUCAGGAGAGGUUUGAGGAGUACAUCCUAUAGGAGGGCUGUUGUGAGCGGAGUAGACCUGGAGGUCCCAUGCGUAGAUCUCAAGGUCCAUCGGUUGUCACAGCCUGUCAUCAAAGGGCUCGACGGGGAAAAUCCAGCUUCACCAGUGAGCCCGGCCAGUCCUGGCACCGUAAGCCUCACUAGCCCUGGUGCAGCCAAGCCUGCGAGUCCUAGGACACCGAAACUUGCCAGUCCUGGGACACCGAAACCUGCGAGCCCUGGGACAUCGAAACCUGCGAGCCCUGGGACAUCGAAACCUGCGAGCCCUGGGAUAUCGAAACCUGCGAGUCCCGGGACACCCAAACCUGUGAGUCCUGGGACACCCAAACCUGCGAGCCCUGGGACACCCAAACUUGUAAGUCGGGGGACACCCAAACCUGCCAGCCCCAGGAUUUCAAAGCCUUGUAGUCCUGGGACAGAAAAGUCUACCAGCACUGGCAAAAACAAGAGUCCAGAUAAGAAGAAACUUUUGACCUCUCAACGGACAUUUGACAGUGAGGAGGAGGAGCUGUAUCAGAACUACCAGGAGAAGGCCUUGCAUAAUGAUUCAGAUGAAGAUGCUGAUUCCAAAGAACCCAGUGCUGAUAACGGCAUCGUUGUGCAGUAUAGACCCAUACGCAUCUCCUGGAGCCAGCUCAGUGUGGUCAAGAAAAGUGGUCUGUCUGAGCUGAUGAGUCAGGAGGAACGCAAAAGACAAGAGGCCAUAUUCGAGGUGAUCUCGUCGGAGCACUCUUAUCUCCACAGUCUGGAGAUCCUGAUCCGUAUGUUCAAGAACUCUGCAGAGCUCAGCGAGGCCAUGACCAAGACCGAACACCACCACCUCUUCUCCAACAUCACUGACGUCUGUGAGGCGAGCAAGAAGUUCUUUAAGGAAUUGGAGGAAAAGCACCAACAGAACAUAGUGAUCGACGACAUCAGCGACAUCGUCUGCAGGCACGCUCAGUCCAACUUUGAUCCUUACGUCACUUACUGCUCCAAUGAGGUCUACCAGCAGAGAACCCUGCAGAGGCUGGUGUCCAAGAAUCCAGCUUUUAAGGAGGUGCUGACCAGGAUAGAGGGCCACCCAGACUGCAGGAACCUCCCCAUGAUCUCCUUCCUCAUCCUGCCCAUGCAGAGGAUCACUCGUCUGCCCCUGCUCAUGGAUACAAUUUGUCAGAAGACGCCUAAAGACUCGACACAAUAUGAGGAGUGUAAGAAGGCUUUACAAGCGGUCAGCAAGGUGGUCAGAAAGUGUAACGAAGGAGCUCGCACAAUGGAGAGAACGGAAAUGAUGUACACCAUCAACUCUCAGCUGGAGUUCAAGAUUAAGCCGUUCCCCCUGGUCUCAUCCUCCAGGUGGAUGGUAAAGAGAGGAGAGCUGACAGCCUUUGUGGAAGACAACGGCAUCUUCCUCAAGCGGACGUCACGGCAACAGGUCUAUUUCUUCCUCUUCAACGACGUCCUCAUUGUGACCAGGAAGAAGAGUGAGGAGAGUUACACUGUGAUAGACUACGCUCUGAGGGACCAGAUCUGGGUGGGUUCCUGCCAGCCCGAAGAUCUCAACCUGUCACCGGUCAGGAGCACCACCAGCAUGCUUAGCUCCCGGCAAGCCGGCGCCAACCAUCUUUUCUGUCUGCGUUUCCGUAGCAACCACUCCGGUGAAAAGGUGCCCAUGAUCCUGGGGACGGAGUUGCUGUGA